AAAUGGGAUCUGAAAAAUAUCACCACAAAACCCAAAACCCUACUCCUGUAAACCCCUUCACUCCCUUCAUUUCCAGUAACAUAAUCUCAACUCUAAUCACCAUGAAUUUCAAUCCGCCAUUAACGAAUUCAUCUUCUUCUACUUGCCGUUAACUCCAAUUCGUAAACAUGUCGAACAAGCGAGCUCGCGGUAAGCAUCAAAUUCUCUCAAACCAAUGCAAUCAAAAAGCAUAUACAGUGUUUAGGAAGGACGGACCUCCGCUCGGUGUGGAGUUUGAUGAUCUUCCGUCUCGUUCGAACCGGUUUUGUAAUGUUGAAGAUUCAGAAACAUCUCAUCAUGCUUGCCAACAAAAACAACAAGUGUAUAAAAAGCAAAAGACUUCCAAGCCUACGAAUAUCGAGGACCAAAUUACACGUCCAGGUAGUGCUUCAUUUAAACACGGUAUGGGAAAAGGGUUGAUGUCAGUAUUGAGACUUACAAACCAAGAGGGUAAUUCCGUCAAAAAACAUGGUAUUGGAAAAGGGUUGAUGACAAUUCAGCGAUUAACUCAGUUUCCACCUUCGACAUCACAAAAAACACCUACUCAAUGGAAAAAGAAGUCCAAAAAACAACAAACUGUGACGAGGAGGUUAGUAAAGAAAGUGCAAGAAAAGAAGUCUUCAAUUAGAAGUAAAAAGGUGAGAUGUGAACAAGUCGAUUUGAAAAUGCAAACACGUAGGGAAAUAUGUGAAAUUGCUCUGGUGGGAGGUAGAAGUGAAGAAGAGGAAAGUCAAUAUGCUAUGCUUGUAGAUGACGAGGAGCUGGAACUAAGAGAACUGCGGGGAACAUCGAAUCCACUGACAUCUUGUGCUCAUUGUGCAGUUAAUCGGUUGCAUGGUUGUUCCCUUUGCAAAGAUUUGCUGGCAAAGUUCCCUCCAAACUCGGUCCGAAUGAAGCAACCCUUUCAUAUGCAACCAUGGGAUUCUUCCCCACAACUUGUCAAGAAACUCUUUAAGAUAUUUCACUUUGUUAGCACUUAUGCUGUAAUAAUCGGUAUCCAGUCCUUCACACUUGAUGAGCUUGCACAAGCAUUUAUUGACAAGGAUUCUCUAUUGCUUGGGAAACUUAAUAUAGCCCUUCUGAAACUGCUUCUCACUGAUAUCGAGAUGGAACUGGAUAGUGGAUUUGCAUCUCAUAUCUGCAAAAACUUAAAGUAUCGAUGGUUGCUUCAAUCAGUUGAACGGGACGAGACGGUUCUGAAAUUAUGGACGAAAUCCUUGAAUUCGUUAACAUGGAUAGAGAUAUUAUGCCAGGUGUCAGUUGCAGCUGGCUUCGGUUCACAGCAUGACAAAUCACCUAAGGAACCACUCAACAAGGAUACUGCUCUGAUGGCUAGUUAUGGCUUAAGCCCGGGUACUCUAAAGGGUGAGUUAUUUGGUAUAUUAUCAUUGCACGGGAAUAUUGGCAUGAAAAUAUCCGAAUUGGCUACAUAUUCAUCAAUUGUCGGAUUAAAGCUUGCAACUACAACCGAUGAAGUAGAGCAACUGAUAAGCUCAAUGCUGUCAAGCGAUAUAACUUUGUUCGAAAAAAUAUCCUCUUCUGCGUAUCGUCUUCGUAACUCCGUUAAGAACGAUGAAGAUGAUGAAUCUGAUCUUGAGGAUUACGGUAGUGUUGAUGAUGAUCCUAACGAUAUUAGUAAAAGCAAGGAUAAUACUUCACCUGUAAGCUCUGAAAUUGACGAGAGUCACCCUGGAGAAAUGUGGUUAUUGGGACUGAUGGAAGGUGAAUAUUCAGAUCUGAAUGUUGAAGAGAAGUUGAAUGCUCUGUUGGCUUUGAUUGAUCUACUUAGAGCCGGUUCAAGUAUAAGAACGGAGGAACCUGCAUCACACGCACUUCCUAAUGUUUAUCAUAUCGGUUCUGGAGCAAAAAUAAAAAGAUCAACAGCAAAACAACAUAACUUCAGCCAGAUGAUUAAUACCGGUGAGUCAGAUGCAAUACACGAUAUGCAGCCUGUUGAUUCUUCAGUGAUCCAAGAGAAAAGUUACUCCAAUUGUGAUGAUUUACAUCCUAUGCAAUCGAUAUUUCUGGGAUCUGAUCGUAGGUAUAAUAGAUACUGGCUUUUCGUGGGCCCGUGUAACAUGUGUGAUCCGGGCCACAAGAGGAUUUAUUUUGAAUCAUCUGACGAUGGUCAUUGGGAGGUGAUUGAAACAGAAGAGGCUUUAAUCAGCUUAAUAUCUGCUUUGGACGAUAGGGGAAGACGCGAGUGUCAUCUUCUUUCAUCGUUAAAAAGACGAGAGGCUGUUCUUUUCGAAGCUAUGUCCAGAACUGAUAGUGAAGUUUCCGAUGGAUCUGAAAGGAGUAUUUCUAGAGAUGACAGCUCGUCAGCUGUGUCUGACGUGGACAACCAACUGGGCCUAAAUAAUCAACACGAUAAUCUGGCUUCUACUAGUACUGUCGAUACUCCAAUUAGCUAUAGAGAGCAGUCUAAGCAGAAAUGGUGUCGUCUUCAACAAUACGAUGCUUGGUUAUGGCACUCGUUUCGUUCUGCCCUAAAUUCGGUUAAAUACGGGAAAAAGUCGUUUCUUGAUUCGCUUGCUAGGUGUGAAAGAUGUCAUGAUUUAUACUGGAGAGACGAGAAACAUUGCCGGAUUUGUCAUACAACGUUUGAGCUUGAUUUUGAUCUAGCGGAACGAUACACCAUCCAUGUUGCCACGUGUAGAGAUGACUCGGUCCCCAAUACGUGUCCGAAGCAUAAAGUUUUCUCAUCACAGUUACAGACGCUCAAGGCUGCAGCCUACACGCUUGAGUCAUCUAUGCCUGAGGGUGCAAUGGUGGGUGCUUGGACAAAAUCUGCGCAUAACAUAUGGGUCAAACGGUUACGACGCGCCUCCACUAUAGUGCAGUUGUUACAGAUUCUUGGUGAUUUUGUUGGUUCCAUCAAUAAAAGAUGGGUGCAUGAAAGUGUGACAGCUCUUGAAUUCGACUAUGAUUUUGACGAUAUUAUUUCGAGCUUUGCAUCUGUUUCGCCAACAUCAUCUGCAGUUGCACUAUGGUUGGUUAAACUAGAUUUCUUAAUCGCUCCUCACUUAAAAAAGGUUGAACUUGGAAAGGCAACCCGUGUGUCUACAAGAGCUAGAUUAAACGGUAAAGACAUUUUGCACCACGGUUUAACCACUAUGGAGAUUCGCUGAACAUCGGCGUUGCAGAGCAAACAACUUUUGGUUAAUUUUGUCUGGGGCUGCGGUUACAUUUUUGGUCGUUAAGUGGGAGUUAGUUGAGAUGAUAUAAACAUUUUUGUACAGGCAAAUAGAUGGCUAAUUUUGAAGAAUUUUACAGCUUUACAUAUGAUAGCUUUACACGAGCCUCGACUUUUUUUUUU